UUUUCCGCAGUUUGGAAGAAAACAAAGAAGAAAGUGUAUGAAAAUUCAGGCGUCUUCAAACGCUUGAACACAAUAUAAAAGAAAUCCACCGUUUGUGUUAAACUUGCGCUAAUAACCGUAGAUAAAUAAAAAUCCUUUCAAUAAGGACUUUCUUAUAACACAAAACAGGAUGACGACGGAGACAACUCCUCACCAGCAGCACCAACAACAACAAAUCCGUAUAGCACUCUCGGAAAUUCCAAGUCGCUUGGAAGCGCUGCGUUUCGCAAGUGGAGGUGCUACAACGCCGACAGCUACACCAAAUCGCUACAGCCCCAAUGAACCAACACCAGCAACACUUUUUAAUACGCCGCAUCUUCUAGACAAUACUACAAAUGUAGCACUUUCUCAGGAUAACAUCUUAUCACCAAUGCCAUCACCGGAUGAAAUGAUAAUUCGUCAACGUGGUCGGCGUCGCUUUAACAACGGCUUAUCGCCAGAUGUCGGCAAUACGCCACUACGUAUGCCCUUCCAACGUACACCAACCAAGGUACCAUUAAGUACCAGCAUGAUAUUGCGCAGUUCACCGCGUAAGCGUCUCACAAUGGGUAGUACACCACCGGCGCCUGAACCACCAGUAAUGCCUUCACCAACAAAAGCCAAACAACAAUUAUGGCCAACAGGCACACCAAUGGCGAAGAAAUUACGUCUUGGCGGUGAAGAUGGUAACAGCGGUAAACCAAUUGCACAAAUGAAUGAAGAAAUGCCUUUACCAGUGCUUUUGCAAGGAAUGUCGCAACAACAACUUAUUAAUCUGAUUGUCGGAGAAUUGGUUGCGGGCGACGCUAAAACCGAGGAGAGUUUUCGUACCCGUCUGCCUAUGCCAGAUAUAAAUCCAUUAGAGGAGGAGUUGUUACAUGCCAAACGACAAAUAUUUCGCUCACUACCAACAUCACGCCUUUGUAAGAAAACCGAUAGUAGCGCUUAUUCACGUGCGUCACUACAUCUCAGUGAAUUCAAGCGUUUGCUUAGCGCACACACCAAACAACUAUAUGAUUCGGGGAAUUGGGACGCAUUGCUGGACUAUGUGACCAUGGCUUGGCCGAUUGUACGCGCUACUCCGCACUGGGAUAGCGCGACACAUAAUGUAAUCCGUCGUCAAUGUUUCAAACUUCUAGCAUGCCAUUGUAUUGCAUCUUUGAAGAACGGUGGACAACGUUUGGGCAUGGCGCGUCUACACGAAACCGAACGAAAUUUGCGCGAAUGGACGCGAGACUACGAAGACGUUCAGUCGUGUCUGAGCGCCUUGAAUAAAGCGAUAGCAAAAGGACGAGCAACGCUAUAGUAUCUUCCUAAUAGUUUUACAAUUUGUAGUUGUAGAAUUAUUUUUUAACGAAAGACUUGCAUGAUUUUAAAUAAUAAUACUUUAUUUCUGUUUAGUAUUUUUAGAAAUGUUAAAACCUACACAUUUUAGAAUUUUAAAGUUGCCAUUAAUUUCGUAUAUUUAAAACUGCUGGUUAUAGCGAUAUAAUGUGAUCAUAAAGACAAGUGACAAAUACAAUCACAAACUUAACAAAACCCAAAAUAUAUCUAAAAAAUUUUAUUAAUAUAAGACCAUGUAUUGUUUUUACAUAAUCUAGAUUAGUACGAAAUCCCAUUUGUAUAUAUUUGUAUAUUCAAUCAUAUAAUCGCGCCAGCCUCUGGUAUAUGUGAAUAUAAUUGGUGGAAAACUCUUAAUAUUUGUCAAGAUUUGUAAUCAACAAAACGCAUUUGUAUAUUUCAUUGUUGUGCAUUUCAAUACUCAAAAUUUUAAAAUUGCACGCUUAGUCAUUUGUUAGCAGCCAUAUCACAUGCCGGCAGUACAUUAAGCUGCACUAAGAUAAACAUAUGCUUGCUUACGCCUAUAUUCGGUAUUAAUAAUCUAAGAAAUUUUUUUUUUUUAUUUUAAGUUUCAAAAUUUGCUAUUACUAAUCGUUAUGUCUGGAAUAAAAGGUAUGUGUACUCAUUUCGUAUAUUCUGGUAUGCUAUUAUCGUUAUAUUUUCUGUGCAAAUCAUGUCAUUUAUUGUUAUUUUUAAUAUGCUGCACUUAGUAAUAAGCAUUUUAUUCAGAGUUUUUAUUAAUACGAACAUAAUAAAGCGUGUACAUUUUUACAACUGAAAAUUUGAAA